AUAAGUAAACUAAAACCGUUAUGUUAUGGCUUAUAAGGAUUUGUUUUAAUUCUGAAAUCAUAUUGAUGAUUACAUAAAACUAAUUAUAAGGAGAUUGACAAGCAGUAAUAAUAAUCUUUGAAAAUGGUGGAGAUAUCGGAGAAGUUUAAGUACGCGCCUCUGAUCGUGUUUCAAGUGAUCCUUUUGAUCCUGUACUUUAUAUUUACUACGUAUGGAGGCGCAGACGAUGUUGGUGUCAGAGGCUAUGAAGACACGCACGUCAUGAUAUUCAUAGGUUUCGGGUUUCUUAUGACCUUCCUGAAAAAGUACUGCUACAGUGCGUUAGGAUUCAACUGGCUCUUAGCGGCGAUGGUGAUACAAUGGGCCCUGCUGUGCCAAAACUUCUUCCAUAUGGAGGACAUGCAAAUCAGAAUUACGAAGAAGCUGUUGCUAGAGGCAGACAUCAUGUCAGCAACGGUUCUAAUAACAUUUGGAGCUCUGCUUGGAUUGACGAGUGGUCCUCAAUUGCUGUUCAUAGCGAUCAUAGAAACAGCUCUCGGGUGCACCAAUUUGUAUCUCUGCGAGGCCGUAUUUCAGGUGUCAGAUAUUGGUGGCUCAAUAGCAAUCCACACGUUUGGGGCUUACUUCGGUCUCGGAGUGAGUGCUGCCCUCAGGAUGAAGAAGGUUGAUCCGCCGCAAGGAGUACAGAGGUUGGAUGGGCCCAGCUACGUCUCUGAUACAACUGCUAUGAUUGGUUCAAUAUUCUUGUGGAUUUACUGGCCAUCUUUCAACUCGGCGCUAUCGAGUUCGGACGCUGAGUACCAGAGAGCGGUUGUUAAUACGUACUUAUCGCUUGCCGCCGCUACGGUCACAGCCUUCAUCGUCUCCUCAAUAGUGAACCACGAAGCGGGCAAGUUCGACAUGGUGCACGUUCAGAACUCGACGCUCGCUGGUGGCGUGGGAGUGGGUGCCGUCGCCAACUUCUUCAUAUCUCCUGGCGCAGCGAUAGCCAUUGGCAUAGGAGCUGGCGUGCUUAGCGUUUGUGGGUACAAAUAUUUGACGCCUGCAAUGGAAAAAUUCGGCAUCCAGGACACAUGCGGUGUAAACAACCUUCAUGGAAUGCCUGGAGUCUAUUCCGGUCUCCUCUCGGUCUUUUUUGCCUUUUUUAUAACUUCAGAAACCUAUGGAUCUGAGAUGGAACAUAUUUUCGAAGCUAUGGGAGAAGGAAGGUCGGCGGGGGUUCAGGCGCUGUUUCAACUGGCAGCUCUGAUCACGACAAUGGUAUUGGCAAUUGGCGUCGGAUUUGGUACCGGUAUUAUAUCGAAGGCUCCAAUAUUCUCGCCCCUGAAGGAAACGGAGCGAUACGACGACAAAAUCAACUGGGAGCUGCCUUAACUUAACAUAACAAUGACGUUUUUAUUCUCAAUUCAGAGAAAUUGUGAACAUAAUGGUUCCGAAAUAGUAGUACUUUAAGGAAACUCCUUUAUUGUUCUCCGAAUCAAUUAUUUUCAACGUAGGUAUAGCAGAAAAACAUUUAACAAAGUUUCGCGUUCACGUUUCAGCUGUUACGUGGAAGCGAGAUGCCACUGUCAUCCUUUAGUCUUCUGGGUUUGCUGUCUCGCUUUCACGAUGUCAAGUGACCAUGCUUCUAGAACUUUUAAAGGCAUUUGUUUUUUUUUAAUUCGUUCACAUCAAACUUUUUAAACUUACAGUCGCUCACUACAUUGAUCGAAAAGUUUGUGUUAAUAAUUAAGAUUUAAGUAUUUAGUACUUUUAAGUAAUAAUAUAACGAUGUACUUGUUGCUUUUAGUUUUAUAGCCAUUGCCAAUUAUUGUCAAAAAAUAAAUUAGGGAUUGUGUGUUUCAGUAACAUCACUACAUUUCUAAUUGCAUUUAGUUGUUAAGUCUUUCUCUGAACAAAUUUUAUAUUGUUAAAAUAAUCAAAAUUUUACGCCUAAGAUUUUAAAUGUUGAUAUUUUUUUGAUUUUUCAGUGCGUCAAUAACUAUUGAUUUAAGUAUAUUUUCGUAAGUCAAAUGUAUGAUAGUGUAUUUUAUUUUGUGUUUAAUUAUAGGAAUAGGUUUUAUGUUAUUUUAUAAAAAAAGCGAAAUAAAGAGGUUAUUAUGAAAUAUUAACAACCUUCAGUAUUGUGUCGUUCCAAAUAUUUUUAAUUUGAAUAAUUAAUUAUUUCAUAAUAAUAGCUCUCUACCAAAGGUGCUAAAUAUAGUCGAUGAAAAAUACGAAUUCGCUAAGCUUACAAUAGUAUAAUACGUGUAACUACAGUACAUAUUGCGAACAAUGAAAAAUAUACCUGCUGCUAGUAGGAUUAAGAUCUAUUUUUCUAUGGAAUGUUAGACCUCAAUAAAGAUAUUGGAAAA